AUGUCAAAAACAAAUUUUCGUCAAAUUUUCUUUUAUGGGUUCAAACUCGGUCGUAGUGUAGCAGAGACGGCUCGAGAUAUUAAUGAAGUUUGGGUUGAAGUGAUGGCGAAUAAACGCUUUAUGUUUCGCCGUCUUGGGCACGCCUACGAAGUUUAUCCACUACUUUUCCUCGCAGGAUUCUGGGUUGUCAUCAGCUGUGUUACUAUUUAUUACAGCUUCACAAAGAUUGAAGUGUGGUUAGACAGAAGUAAGUCAUAUUCACCAUUGGAUUGGGAGCGAGCACGUGACAACUACUGGAGGAAAGGCACCGUCGCCUUCGACUUCGAAGGACGCGCUCGCCAGCGAUGUGAGCUGAUGGAGAUCCUGCAGGAUGAAAUGUUGGAGGCCGCGAAAAAGCGCGGAAUGCGAUAA